CAAACAUGGAUCUGCACGUCUCAGUUUUUCUCCUGUUCAUUCUUUUCACUGCAGGACACUCUCUCAACUGUAAUCAGUGCCCAGGUGUGUCGAACCCUUGUGAAAAGAUACCGUGUCCUGAUGGACUUUCCAACUGCUUCGCUGCAACAGCAUAUGCCAGUGCUUUAGGUGUCAGUUCCUCUUUAGUGACAGUUAAAAGCUGUGCUCCGGCUGGCUGUCCAAGUGGAUCCAUCAACCUCGGCAUUAUAAAACUGUCUUCUUACUGCUGUGGCACAGACUUUUGCAAUGCCCAAGAUUCUCCAGAUCCCAGCACUAACGCUCCAAAUGGAAAGACGUGUUAUUCUUGUAAUGGAACGAGCUGCUCAAACAUAAUGAUCUGUUCAGGGAGUGAAGACCGCUGCUUUAAAGCAACAACAACUUUCGGAGGCCAGUCAGUGGGUGUGAAAGGCUGUGUAUCUAAAGCCAUUUGUGAUGCCACAUCUUUGAUUCCUAAUGUUCAGGGCAUCACGUGUUGUUCAGGGAACCUGUGUAACGGUGCUCAGAGCGUCACUCAGAGCUUCCUGUUCCUCUGCUGUUCUCUGCUCUCCUUCAUCCUGCUGCACUGAAUCCAGCAGAUCUACACAUUCUGCAGCUGCA